AGAGCAGCGGAGGGAAGGCGGGUGUAGGCGUGUAGCGUUGCGUUCUUUUCCACCGUAAAGCCCUACCUAAGCCCUCUGUCUCACCCUCACCUUGAGCUCAGCACGCAAGCUUCUCAAACACGUUCCGUCAUCUGUGACUGUUGGAUCUCUUCCUGUUUGUAUCACAUGCCUGUUAGUUAGCUAUCGAGCUGGCCGACUAGUUAGUGAGGCUGGCAUUACUGAUUCGGGUAGCAAGAGGGUCACAUGUGGAGAUUUGAUUACACUUUCUUGUCCAUUUUUCCCCCAAAAUUCUUUUCUUUUCUACUUUCUCUGGUCUCUAUCUAUUUUCUCUCUGUUGCUCUUCUACUUCCUGAAAGUUGGUGAAAAUGCCACUCGGAGAAAGGGCUGGGGACAAGACCGAAUCCCGGUAUUGCGGUGUAGAGACGGAAUUCAGCGAUGACAUGCCACGCUUGCUGACUCUCCAUCUCGUUUCCGGGGGAUUCGAUUUCGUUGUUGCUCCUUUGAUGGAUCCUGCAUAUCGGCCAAGCUUAGUGCAGAAGGAUAGUUUGGGUUCUGCUGUUCCUCCAUUUGCUGGAUCAGACUUAGUCUUGAGCCCUUCACAGUGGAGUACCCGUGUAGUGGGAAAAAUUAGCACAUGGAUAGAUUUGGAUUCAGAGGAUGAAACCCUAAGGAUGGACUCUGAAACCACCCUCAGACAAGAAAUAGCUUGGGCAUCUCAUCUCUCUUUACAGGCUUGCCUUCUUCCAGCUCCCAAGAGAACAUCUUGUGCUAAUUAUGCUAGAUGUGUGAAUCAAAUCUUGCAGAACCUAAAUCAUAUGCAGCUGUUUCUUAGGAUUCCAUUGUUUAUGUCUGAUGAUGAUUCCAUGGGCGCCAAUUCUGAUACUUUGAUUGAUUCUUGGGAAACUUGGAAUUCAUUUCGUCUUCUCUGUGAGCAUCAUAGUCAAUUGUCCAUUGCACUUGAUAUUGUGAGUACCUUACCAUCGGCAAACUCACUUGGACGCUGGUUUGGGGAGCCUGUUAGAGCAGCUAUAUUAAAUACUGAUUGCUUUUUGACUAAUGCUCGGGGUUAUCCAUGCCUCUCAAAGCGCCACCAGAUGCUAAUUACUCGCUUUCUUAACCAUUCUAUUCAGAUAAUUAUAUCUGGAAAAUCAGUUCAUCCAAGAGCAAGUGUGGAUCCAGAUGCUUCUCAUGCUGCUGUGGAAAGACAUCCUUUGAGGCCGUAUCUGGACUAUGUUGCUUAUCUAUACCAAAGAAUGGAUCCCAUUCCUGAGCAAGAACGUUUUGAGCUUGGUUACAGGGACUUUUUACAGGCACCCUUGCAACCUCUCAUGGAUAAUCUAGAGGCUCAAACCUAUGAAACAUUUGAGAAAGACACAGUGAAAUACAGUCAGUAUCAAAGAGCUAUAUGUAAAGCAUUGCUGGACAGGGUUCCUGAUGAAAAGGUGUCUGAAAUUACCACUGUAUUGAUGGUUGUUGGUGCUGGGCGUGGGCCUCUUGUUCGGGCAUCAAUAGAGGCAGCUGAAGAGACUGGGAGGAAGCUAAAAGUAUAUGCGGUGGAAAAGAAUCCAAAUGCAGUUGUUACACUUAAUGUAGUUUUUUCUCCCCUUUCGUUUAUGAGUUUGAUUAGGUUAGAGGGCUGGGAAGAUACAGUUACCAUAGUCUCAAGCGACAUGCGCUUCUGGAAUGCCCCUGAACAGGCUGACAUAUUGGUAAGCGAAUUGCUAGGUUCUUUUGGUGACAAUGAGCUGUCUCCUGAGUGCCUUGAUGGAGCCCAGAGGUUUCUGAAGCAAGAUGGAAUUUCAAUACCAUCUUCGUACACAAGUUUCCUCCAACCAGUGACAGCUUCAAAGUUAUACAAUGAUGUUAAGGCACAUAAAGAUAUAGCACACUUUGAAACAGCAUAUGUUGUGAAAUUACAUAAUGUAGCCAGGCUUGCGCCAUCUCAACCUGUUUUUACUUUUACUCAUCCAAAACCCUCUGAUAUGGAAAGCAACCAUCGAUAUAAGAAGUUGCAGUUUGUGAUACCUAAUGACACUGGAUCAGCAACGGUUCAUGGGUUUGCUGGCUACUUUGAUGCUACACUUUACAAUGAUGUGCAUCUUGGAAUUGAACCCUCAACAGCAACGCCAAAUAUGUUCAGCUGGUUUGCAAUAUUUUUCCCAUUAAGGGAUCCCGUACAUGUGCAACCAGGAGCUACUUUAGAAGUACAUUUCUGGCGCUGUUGUGGUUCAACAAAGGUUUGGUAUGAGUGGUGCGUUACAUCUCCCUCUCCGUCUCCAAUUCACAAUAGCAGUGGACGCUCCUACUGGGUUGGCCUUUAGUGGCUUUCUUUACAAGUUUCAGACAAUCCAAAGCGAAUGUUACAUCGUGGGGCUUUCUGAUAGUUCACCCUCAAAGUUCUAUCUUCCACCAUAGUUGAAUGAAUACUGAUUUUUUGUGGUCCGCCGGAUAAUGCCCUUAAUUCUUAUUGUACAAUAAGAUGUUUGAGACAAAUUCUGUAGGCCAGUGCGUUAUUGAAUUGUAAUAUAGCUUCAUAGUUUCCGUUA